AUGGCAAGAGAGGUUUAUGCUCUUGUUGAUGCUACCAAUGGCCAUGGAAGCCAACCGGAGUUGAUAUGGCUGCUUUGGGCGGUUGGGUUUUCCCUCGUGUUCAUCUCCAUAAUCAUGUUCGCAUGCGGCAAAAGUGAGCAGAAACCUCUCGAAAAGAAGGGUCAUAGCGGUGGUGGCGGCAGAGGGGGCAAUCUUGCUGGAGCUGGCAGUUUUUACUUGGGUAGCGGCGGUUUUGGGGGGGAUGUCUGUGGCGGCGGCAGCGGCUGCAACUGUGGUGGUAGUGGGGGUGGCGGCGGAGGCUGCGGCGGAGGCGGAGGUUGUGGCGGUGGCGGGGGCGGUGGUAGCUGCUAA